CUCCCUGCCAGGUCCGGUGGUGCUGAGCCCAAAGCUCACCCUGAAGCUGUGAGCUAUGACACAGCUCAGGAUGUUGGGAAAGAGCUGAUUAGCCAAAAAUUAGCUGCUGGUCUUCGGGAUGUGCAAAUGUCCGAGGAGAAAGUUGGCUCUGAGGUGUUCAGAGUAGAAAAAAUGCAAGAAAAAAUAGAAAAACUGUCUCCAAAAGAGGAGGGUGUCGUCCUCCCUGCCAGAUCUGAUGGUGCUGAGCCCAAAGCUCACCCUGAAGCUGUCAGCUAUGACACAGCUCAGAGUGCAGCUGCAGCCACUGAGAAAUCCCCCAAAGCACGGACAGAAAGGGAAUUAAAACCCCAGGAAGCUUCAGAGGGUGGUGUCCAUCCCCAAGAUGAACAUCAUCACCGCCUUCAUCACCCCCAGGCAAAGGCUGAGGUGACUCCAGAGCUCCCCUCAGUGCUGGGGACAGUGUCCCUCCCUGAAGAGGCAAUGCUGACAGGGGCUGUGGAAAAAGGGAUCCCAAAAGGCAUCUCCCAAGUGAGAGCAGCCCAGGGCAAGGAAUUGAGGGAAGAAAUGGAUGGAGGGACAGAGAAAGUUGAGAGACAGGGCUUGGAGAAGGGCACAGAGGUGCUUCACAAGGAGGAUGAUGAGGAGAGGAGGAGGAAGAGAGAAUUUGUAAGUGCAGAGGGAGCUGUGGCAGGUGGAGAAGCUGCAGUGGUGAUUUCUGGGCAAGGAGAGGGAGUGACCAGCGUGGUCCAGGAGACACCAGGAGCCCUGAGGGAAUCUGUCAGUGUGGGCACAGAUAAGGGAGGGAUGGGUCCUGCAGAACCCCCCGAGCUUGGUGUUCCUGUGGGAGAUGAGCUUGCAGGGAAAACAGCUGCCAAACACACAGGAGGAGAAACCCCUCACAAAGAAAGUGCCGUUGAGCAGGAAAAAACCAGUGAAACCGAGCUAAAACCUACCCAGAAAAAGAAAAGCAAGAAGAAGAAAGCGAAGCAGGGCAGCAUUCCAGGAGACAGCGCUCAGCCAGAGAAACCUGCAGAGAAGCAGCUCCUUCCUUUCCUGGCUCCCCAAGAAAUUCCAAGGAAAAAGGGCGAGGAGCAGCGCUUUGUCUCCAGGGUGCCAGAGCCAGGACAUGAAUCCAGCACCGAGGCUGCUGCUGGGCUGGCACGAGACACAGCCAAGCACAAGGGUGGAAGAGGGAAGGAAACAAUUCCUGGGAAAGACAAAGAAACCCCCAGAGAGGAUCAGGUGCUCCCUGAGCACGGGGGAGCUCGAGAGGUGGUGGAAGGUGGCACCAAGGAUGGGCAGGAUUCCCUGGUGGCCCUGAAACGUGAGGAAAGGAGCCUGAGUCUGGAGGAAGGGAUGGCACAGGAAGACACCAGGGUGGAAUCCUUGGUGGUCCUGAGUCUGGAGAAAAGGAUGGCACAGGAAGACACCAGGGUGGAAACCACCCAGGAUGUGCCCAGCGCAGCCACCGUGGCACAGGAACUGCCCCAUGACUUAAUUAUCACAGAGGAACCCACAGAAAUUCGGGAAACCUCCGCAAUCCUGGAGCUUGGAGAGGAGGAGCAGCACGAGCAAAGAGCUGAGCCCAGAGCAGACCAAGGAGGAGGCCCUGCUCCCCCAAAAUCCAAAGAAGAGCCCCCACAGGAGAGGAGCAAGCAGCCAGGCCCGGGUUUGCUCUUACCUGUGAUCGUGGAGGGGGAGCUGCUGGAAACCUCGAGGGAGUCCACGAGGCCGGCCCAGAUCAAGUUCAGCAAGAAGAUGUGUCUGGAGCACGACCAGAGGCUGAUAUCUUAUCUCUCCAUGCUCCGAGAUAUCGAGAUGAGAAUCAAGCGUGUGCAGCCAGCAGAGCAGAAUUUGGCAGCCCUGCACGACCUGAGGCAGCAAGCAGAGGCUCUGGGCUCCGAGCUGCAGGAGCUGAGCUUCCCAGUGAGUCAGGAGCUGGAUGCCGUGCAGAGGAUUGUGGCCAACCCCCCUGAAGAGGUCCCUGAGCAGUUACUGAAGGCUUUGGAGAAGGAUGCCAAGAACCUCCACAAGUCUCUGAGCUCUGCAAGCGAGGUCCUGCAGUCCCGGCUGCAAAACCUUCGUGGGGCAGCAGAAGCUGAAAAGGCUAAAAUCCUGGCGCAGCACGAGGCUCUGGAGGGCAGGCUGCAGGAGCUGCUGAGCUGGGUCUGUGGCACCAGGGAGUCACUGGAUGACAGAGAUUUCCAGCAGGCCGCCGAUGGCAGCAGCUUGAGUCACUGCCUGCAGCACUACAGGGAGCUGAAGGAGCCCCUUGCUGACACCAAGGCUGAGCUGGACGCCACUGCCUUCGACAUCCAGCUCCUCAUCUCGGAGCACGCACAGGAUUUGACCCCCCAGCAGAGCAGGCAGCUGCUGAGGCUGCUCAAUGAGCUGCAGAAAGCCUUCAGGGACCUGUCAGAGCGUGUGGCAGCACGGCUGGAGGUGCUGCAGCUCUGUCUCCAGCAAGCGGAGCAGACGGAGCAGGUGAAGGUUGUGAGACAUCUCCUCCUCGGCUCGCUGAAGCUCUUCCCAGCCACAGGAGCAGCACCUCCAAUUUGGGAUUUCCCCUGCAUGCCACUCCCAGUUCAGGAGUUCUCACUGUUUCAUGAGCUUCCUCUAAAAGGCUUUCUUCUUCCUACCAGGCAGAAAGUUGCUUUGCUCCCAAAACGUGGAGCCCUGCUGAGGUCUGGGCAGCAGUUCUCUGCUAGAUAUGGAAUUGUUUGGGGCUGGGUGGAAUAAACCCUGUAAUCACCCCCAAAAUCCCUGCGUAGGGAGCACCCAAUGUCCUGUUUCCACUGCACACAUCAGGCAUUGCUGGAAACAGCUGGCAAGGGCACAAACAAGCCCUCAGAUCUCUGAGCAGCACCCAGCACUGCAUGGAUCCUCUCAUCCAAGACAGGAUUAAUGUGUUUUUAUUAUUAACAAUUGCUCUCUGUAACUCUUGCCUGUCCUCUCUGGAGUGUGUGUGUGUGUGUAUUAACCAGUGUGCUUUGCCUUUUCAGAUUGAGCCCAUCCUAACCCAGGAAGAACUCGCUUUGCAGCUGAAGAGCUCUUAAGAAGGCUCUUUCAAUUUGCUUCUGUUGUUUUCUCUUGUGACUGGGAGAAACAGGCACAGUGUUUGGCACAAGUUUGUACAUCACCUUGCUGAAAUGCCCCGUGAAAAGCUCAGAAACCUUUUGUCCCCCCUGGCAGAGGGGGACAGGGGUGUCACAGGGACUCUCAGGUCACAUCAUGCUCAAUUGCUCAAACAGGCGCUUCUGUGUUGUGCUCUGGCAGCAAAAAGAGGAGCUGGAUCAGCCACAGAAACACUUUCCCUCUCCAGGGCUCCCUUUCCAACCCCAAAUCAUUUAAAAAAAUCCCUUAUUUGGGGUUGUCUGGGGCUCCACAGUGGCGCUGCCUGCCCCAGGCUGUUGUUGCCUCUCACUCAGUGAGUUUCUGCUGCAGUUUUAACGUUUGUAAAGUAGAACGGGAAAGGCACAGAAACUCGUGGCUGAGUUUUGCUGGGAGAGCAGUGCAGCUCCAUCUUGCAGCUCAACACAGAGAAACCUCCAAUG